UUUAUUCAUUCCACCGGAGCCGGCUUUUGCCCCCGCAACUGGCCCCUUUCAAGUCCGGACACAGCGCAACCCCGAGAGAGGUAGAUAGGUACAGAUAGAUACGUAGAUCGAUACAGAAAGAGAGGGGAGAGGCGGCGAUCGGGCGGACGCGGCGCUCCUUCCUCUCGCUCGCUCGCUCGCUCGAAUUCUCUCUCUGUUCCCACAGAAGAAGAAACGGACACCCAAACCCAAGAAAAAAGGAAAGUUUUUUUUUCUCCCUUUCGUAAGGGCUAGGGUUUUGAUCCGAUGGCGGUCGUGAGCGGUUCUGUGGCCUCCCUUCUGGGGCCGAAGGCAGCGCCUUCCCUUCGUCGGAAGAGCUCGAAUGCCCCGUUCUCUGCCUUGCCCGGGUUCCGGGUCGUCCCGAGACCUCCGGUCUGUGUCGGCAACCCUAGGGGGAGGGUUCGGGGGAGCCCCCGGUGCGAGGCCACGGUGGAUCUGGUGGAAGCGAGGACAGCAUCCCGGGCGUCCAGCGCCUCGGCUCUCGAGCAAUUCAAGAUCUCCGCUGACCGAUAUAUGAAGGAGAGAAGCAGCAUAGCUGUUAUAGGUCUUAGUGUUCACACAGCUCCAGUCGAAAUGCGUGAAAAACUUGCUGUUCCAGAGGCUCAAUGGCCUCGUGCUAUCGAAGAGCUUUGCAGUUUGAAUCAUGUAGAAGAAGCUGCUGUUCUCAGUACCUGCAACAGAAUGGAAAUAUAUGUGGUGGUUUUGUCUUGGCAUCGAGGAAUCAGAGAAGUGACAGAGUGGAUGGCUAAGACUAGUGGAAUUCCUGUUUCAGAGCUCCGACAGCAUCUAUUUAUGCUUCGUGACAGUGAUGCUACUGGGCAUUUGUUUGAAGUAUCAGCUGGGCUUGACUCCCUUGUCCUGGGAGAAGGACAGAUCCUUGCACAAGUUAAACAAGUUGUUAGAGUUGGGCAAGGUAGCAGAGGAUUGGGGAAGAACAUUGACAGGAUGUUCAAGGAUGCAAUCACUGCUGGAAAGCGUGUUCGUAGUGAGACUAACAUAUCCUCUGGCGCAGUUUCUGUCAGCUCAGCUGCAGUGGAGUUAGCGCUGAUGAAGCUUCCGAAGUCCUACUUGCCAUCUGCCAGGAUGCUGGUUAUUGGAGCUGGCAAGAUGGGGAAACUUGUGAUCAAACAUCUUGUUGCAAAGGGAUUCCAAAGGAUCAUGGUUGUAAAUCGGUCUGUGGAAAAGGUUGAUGCUAUACGUGAGGAAAUGAAGGAUGUUGAAAUAAUCUUCAGACCUUUCACUGACAUGCUACCCUCUGCUGCUGAAGCUGAUGUGGUGUUCACGAGCACAGCAUCCGAGACACCAUUAUUUUUAAAAGAACAUGUUGAAGGCCUGCCUCCUGUGAGCGACGCUAUUGGGGCUGUGAGGCUUUUCAUUGAUAUCUCUGUUCCUAGGAAUGUCGCAUCCUGUGUUUCAGAUCUUGAAUAUGCACGAGUGUAUAAUGUCGACGACCUUAAGUCAGUCGUGGAAGCCAACAAGGAAGAUCGGCUAAGGAAAGCAAUGGAAGCUCGAGCAAUCAUCACUCAAGAAUUAAAGCGGUUUGAGGCAUGGAGGGACUCUCUGGAGACUGUCCCUACUAUCAAAAAAUUAAGGUCCUAUGCUGAUAGAAUCAAGGCUUCGGAGCUUGAGAAGUGUUUACAAAAGAUUGGGGAUGAUGCUUUGACAAAGAAAAUGAGAAGGGCUAUAGAAGAGCUUAGCAGUGGUAUAGUUAACAAGCUGCUUCAUGGUCCAUUGCAGCACUUGAGAUGCGAUGGCAGUGACAGUAGAACACUUGAUGAGACCCUUGAAAAUAUGCAUGCGCUAAAUCGGAUGUUCAGUCUAGACACUGAGAAAGCAAUCAUGGAGCAAAAGAUUAAAGCCAAGGUGGAAAAAACUCGGAGUUAAACUUAUAGAGGUAUUGAAUGAUCUGCUGCUAGCCUGCUACACUGUUAAGAGGUCUUUCAUCCGUAUGCGUUCAUCUUCACACUUUUUUGGGUCCAGGUGUCUGCACAUUCUACUUCACUGAUCCUCUACUUUUCAAUAAGAGAACCUUCUCGGCUUCUCAUUGAGUUCAACAACUAUAUUGGGAAAUGAUAAACCCCCUCGGCAUUUCUUGGUAGAGAGAUAUGGUAAAGACUUCCUGAACUCUCUAUAGGUUUCAUUUGCAGCUGGUGAUGUAUGAUGGAUGGUCUUCUGGUUUUAAUAGGAACCGAUUCGGUAACAGAGGUGAAUUUGAUUUGCUAAUGGGUCGUGGUCCCAAGUUCUAAAAUAAUAUGUUAGUACAUUGAUUUUUAUUUUCUAUAAUGUUUAGCAUUUCCUUCUGAAAAGAUUUUCGGCUGGUUUAUGCUUUGUGUUGUUGGAAUUAUGCACCCACCAUACGGUAUUAUCUGGCAGGAACUUACCUGCUUUUAUUA